AGCGUUUUAAGCCUUUUGAAGUCGCUGUCCUCAGCGAUUUUCACAACUCCUACCUCCAUGACCUUAAACAAGUUGUACAAAACAUGUUAACAAUAAGAAUAAAUAUUUAGGACUAUGACUUAAUAAUUAAAUAAAGCGACACCCACGUACUUAACGAUGACCUAUUCUGGCAAUGUGGAAUUGGAUAAGAAAAUAGGCGAGUGGUUAUCCUGGGAUCAAAAUGAGAAGACGUCGGCCGAAAUUAGAGCUUACGUCGAGACGGCAAAUUUUAACGAACUGUCGAAGAUCUUGCUCAACAGGAUCUCCUUUGGAACUGCGGGACUUAGAGGAAAAAUGGCUUCUGGUUACACUUGUAUGAAUGAUCUCGUCGUUGUACAAACCGCACAAGGUUUGCUGAAGUAUCUUGAGGGAAGUGAUCAGUUAGAGUUGCUUCGAAAGAAUGGCAUAGUUAUCGGAUACGAUGGCCGUUACAACAGCAAAAGGUUUGCCGAACUCUCCGCCGCCAUAUUUUUGCACAAAGGCUAUCUCGUUCGCCUAUUCUCAACCGUCAAUCCGACGCCUUUCGUACCAUUCGCCGUAUCCAAAUGGAAGUGCGCCGCCGGCAUCAUGGUAACCGCAUCGCACAAUCCCAAGCAAGAUAAUGGUUACAAGGUGUAUGGGUAUAACGGUUCCCAAAUAACGUCCCCGGUCGAUAAGAAGAUACAACAGAGCAUCUUGCAAAAUUUGGAACCGUGGCCGAGCUCUUGGGACACCUCGACAAUUUCGACCAGCGAUAAGAAUGUCGAUCCCCUAGCCGAAACCGAAUCAACCUACAUCGACAUCGUGAGUGGCGAUAUUUUGGACGAGCACAAAGCGAUCAACGCGAAAACCGCGCUUAAGUUCACAUACUCGGCAAUGCACGGCGUCGGCUACAAUUACGUUGUAAAGUUGAUGAACGCCGUCAACUUACAGCUGAUACCGGUCGAAGAGCAGAAGGAUCCGGAUCCCGAGUUUUCCACAGUGAAGUUUCCAAACCCAGAAGAAGGAAAGAGUAGCUUAGAUUUGUCGUUUAAAACCGCAAAUUUGAAUGAUAGCACGAUCAUUCUGGCGAACGAUCCCGACGCGGAUAGGCUAGCGGUUGCCGAAAAGAACUUAAGCACAGGAAAGUGGAGGGUUUUUAACGGUAAUGAGCUGGGCGCACUGCUAGGGUGGUGGUGCUUACAUUGCUACCAGUCGCGAUAUCCCAAUGAAUCCUUGAGCGACUGUUACGUCAUGUCGAGCACUGUCAGCUCGAAAAUUCUGAGAGCAAUUGCCAAUGCGGAGGGUGCCAACUUCAUUGAAACGUUAACCGGGUUUAAGUGGAUGGGCAAUAAAUCCUAUGAGCUUUUGAACGAAAACAAGAAGAUCAUCUUCGCAUUUGAGGAGGCAAUUGGAUUUAUGUGCGGCAGCACGGUUUUGGACAAAGACGGAGUGAGCGCGGCCGCAGUUUUGGGAACAAUGGCCGCCUACCUCCGCCAUCACAGUUUGACGCUGAGUCAACAGCUGGAGGAAAUAUACAAUGAGUAUGGAUAUCACGUAUCGAAUAACUCCUACUUCAUUUGUCACGAACCCAGCGUAAUCAAAUCCCUUUUUGAGCGACUGAGGAAUUUCGACGGACCCAAUACGUACCCAAAGGGACUGUUAAAUAAUAAAUAUCCGAUCAGCAGCGUUAGAGAUCUCACCACCGGGUUUGAUAGCAGUCAACCUGAUAAUAAAGCAAUCCUUCCGUCGUCAAAAAGUAACCAAAUGAUAACGUUCAAUUUUGGCAAUGGACUUGUGGCUACCAUAAGAACUAGCGGUACGGAACCAAAAAUUAAGUAUUACAUGGAAAUGUGCGCAUCGGCAUUGGAAAAAGACCGCAAGGUAAUCCAAAAUACUCUCAAGGAAAUGACGGACGCACUUAUAAUAGAGCUGUUACAACCAAAUCAAAAUGGCCUUAUUGCAAAAUCAGACUAAAACUUACAUUCUGUCAAGCAUUUGCGAAAUCAAUGAGUACUUACAACUGUUGUAUUUAUCUGUUAAACUAUUGUAUGUGAUCUGCAAUUACCAAUUAGGAUUUGUUAAACGUUAUUGUGUAACUCUACUUUCCUUUUAAUAAGUAUCUGUAGGUGACUUUUUCUAUGAGCCUUUUAAAAUAAAUCAAGUUAAGUACCUGUC